AUGCUAGGACCCAUUACUCCCAUGGGAAUGAAAUUUGAGGAAAUUGUAGCUGCUUCACCAUUACCGUCAGACGGCACUCGAUAUACUACUGAAGAAGAGCUGAAGAUCUUUCAGCGUAUUCAUGAUAAUGUUCAUGGCCUAAACUUUAGGUUCCUCACUCACAAUUAUCAACAUGCUUUGGCUCUGGCAUUUGCUGUAAAGGAGAUCAAUGAACAUUCUGGGAUUUUACCCAAUGUUAGCCUCGGCUUCCACAUCGCUACCAAUUAUCUUGAGGAAUAUACAACUUAUCUUUUAGCAAUGGAAUUUCUAUCUACAAAAGAUAAAUUUAUCCCCAACUACAAAUGUAAUGACCAGACCAACACGGUAGCCAUAAUUGGAGGACCCCGUACUAAGACCUGUGUCAACAUGGCAACCACCUUAUGCAACUACAAAUUUCCCCAGAUUACAUAUGGAUCAGCUCCUUUGAUGAAUAAUGACCAAGCAGGAAUUUUUGUCAAAUGGAUGUUCCCUGAUGAGAUCCACCAGCUUAAAGGGAUACUACACUUACUAUUGCAUUUUGGAUGGACCUGGGUUGGGUUGAUUUCUCUGUAUGAGGAAGAUAGGGAGAGAUUUGUUCAAAAGAGUCUUUCCAUGUUUUCAGAGAGAGGAAUAUGCUUUGACUUUAUAGAAUGUCUACCCCAAAUGAUGUAUGGUAGUGAAGCUGCUGAAAUGGUGGAGAAGGCAGAUAAAAUAUAUAAAGUGAUUAUGUGGAGUACAGUCAUUGCAGUGAUCUUUAAUGCUGAAAUUACGAGCAUAGUGACUUUGAGAAUGAUGCUCUCUGUUUUAGAUUCUGAUGAUAUUCCAAAGGAGAGAAAAGCCAAAAUUUGGAUCAUGACAGCUCAGAUGGAAUUCACCUCCAUUCUGAUGCAAAGAUCUUUGCCUAUUGAUUUUCUCCAUGGUGCAAUUGAUUUUGCACUUCAUUCAAACAAGUUGACUGUUUUCCAACAAUUUAUGGAAAAGAGAAACCCAAACUUUGAAAAAGAAGAUGGCUUUAUUAGGGAUUUCUGGAAAGAUGCAUUUGAAUGCUCAUUCUCCAGUGAUGUAAGUGAAGGGAAUGCUGAAAGGAUCUGUACUGGAGAAGAGAAUUUGGAGAAUCUUCCUAAUUCUGUCUUUGAGACCACCAUAGGUGGACUUAGUUACAGCAUCUACAAUGCAGUCUAUGCCGUGGCACAUGCUCUGAGGGCCUUGCUUACCUCAAAUCUCAAAGCGGAUCAAAAAAAUGAUAAGAGGAGGCACAAGUAUUUCCUUCAAUCACCAUGGCAGACAUUGCCUCUUUCCAUCUGUAAUGAGAAAUGUCCCUUUGGCUACAGCAAGGUCAAAGUGGAAGGGAAAUUAUCCUGCUGCUAUGACUGUAGGCAGUGUCCAGAAGGGAAGAUAGCUGACCAAAUCGACUUAGAUGAUUGUUUCCCAUGUCAAGAGGAUCAAUAUCCAAACAAGGAUCAAGAUAAUUGCCUUCAAAAAACUGUAACUUAUUUGACUUUCCAAGAACCUUUGGGGAUUUCUUUGGUAAUGAUCGCAGUCUCCUUUUCUGUCAUCUCAGCUGUGGUGCUAAGAAUCUUCAUAAAACACCAGGACACUCCCAUUGUCAAAGCCAACAACAGGAACCUUACCUACACACUUCUCAUUGCUCUCCUGCUUUCCUUCCUUUGUACUUUGCUCUUCAUUGGGCAACCUGACCAAGUGAAAUGUCUCAUGAGACAAACUGCUUUUGGCAUCACUUUCUCUGUAGCCCUUUCUUGUAUUUUGGGUAAAACAACCAUAGUAGUUCUUGCUUUCAUGGCCACCAAGCCAGGCUCCAACAUGAGGAAAUGGGUGGGGAGAAGGAUGGCCAAUACUACUGUCCUCUCUCUUUUCAUGGCUCAGUUCAGCAUUUGUGUACUGUGGUUGGCAAUUUCUCCCCCAUUUCCAGAUUCAGACAUGCAUUCCAUGUCUGAAGAAAUUGUCCUGGAAUGUAAUGAAGGUUCAACCACAAUGUUUUAUAUGGUCCUAGGCUUUAUGGGGCUGUUGACUGCUGUCACAUUCACAGUGGCCUUCCUAGCCAGGAAUUUACCUGAUAGCUUCAACGAAGCCAAAUUUAUCACCUUCAGCAUGUUGGUCUUUUGUAGUGUCUGGGUGUCAUUUGUUCCCACUUAUUUGAGUACAAAGGGGAAAUAUGUGGUUGCUGUAGAGAUCUUCUCUAUUUUGGCUUCAGCAGGUGGAUUACUGGGCUGUAUCUUUUCCCCCAAGUGCUAUAUCAUUAUUCUGAGGCCUGAUUUGAAUAAGAAGGAGCAACUGAUAAAGAAAUGA